AUGGACCAGGAAGAAUGGAGCAUUGUGCUGCUGGGGAAGACUGGUGUAGGGAAGAGUGCAACAGGAAACACCAUCCUGGAAAAUGAUGUAUUUAGAUCAAAACGAUCUUUAGAUUCUGUAACAAAACACACUCAACGUGAAGAAGCAGAGAUAGAAGGAAAACUCAUACGUGUGGUUGAUACACCAGGAUUAUUUGACACAACAUUGCCACAAAAUCAGUUAGCGAGGGAGUUGUGCAGGAGUGUUUAUGAGUCAAAACCAGGAGUUCAUGCUUUCAUUCUGGUUUUUAAGUUUGAUUAUUUCACAGAAUAUGAAGAAGAAAUGAUUAAGAGAUUACAGAAGGUUUUUGGUGAGCAGGUUACAAAUCACGUGAUCAUUUUGUUUACUCAUGCUGAGGGUGUCAGAGAGGAAGAAAUAAACAGAAGCACAAAUGAACAUCUCAGAAGGGUUUUAGAUCAGUGUGGAGGAAGAUUUCACAUCUUUAAUAAUAAUGCAGAACCACAGAACAGACAGCAGGUCACUGAACUUCUGCAGAAGAUAGACAGCAUGGUGCAGCAGAAUAGAGGAUGCUACACUAAUGAGAUGUAUACGGAUGCACAGUACUUAACGUGGGAGGAAUUCUGGAAGAAAAACAAGUCAGUCUUUUACAUUACAUCUGGUGGUCUAGCUCUAGCUGUGAUUAUGCCAGUAGCAGGAGUUAUUAUGAAUGUGGCAUCAGUAAUAAUGGGAUUAUGUAGGUGGUAA